GAUUGUAUACACCCCUUUUCUCAAGUACAGCUGCCGCUUUUCGCCUGUCUGUGAUGUAAAAUGGCGCUGAGUUCUCAAGGAACAAAGAAAAAAGUGUGCUACUAUUACGAUGGUGAUGUUGGGAAUUACUACUAUGGCCAGGGGCAUCCCAUGAAGCCACACCGUAUUCGCAUGACACACAACCUCUUGCUGAACUAUGGUCUCUACAGAAAGAUGGAGAUAUACCGACCUCACAAAGCCAGUGGAGAGGAGAUGACCAAGUACCACAGUGACGACUACAUCAAGUUUCUGCGUUCCAUCCGGCCUGACAACAUGUCGGAGUACAGCAAACAGAUGCAGAGAUUUAACGUUGGUGAGGAUUGCCCUGUGUUUGAUGGCCUGUUUGAGUUCUGCCAGCUCUCAACAGGAGGCUCUGUUGCUGGAGCUGUGAAGCUGAACAAACAGCAGACAGACAUUGCUAUUAACUGGGCUGGAGGUCUCCAUCACGCCAAGAAGUCUGAGGCGUCAGGUUUCUGCUAUGUGAAUGACAUUGUGCUCGCCAUUUUAGAGUUACUGAAAUACCACCAGAGAGUUCUGUACAUAGACAUUGACAUUCACCAUGGAGAUGGAGUGGAGGAAGCGUUCUACACCACAGACCGAGUCAUGACCGUGUCCUUCCACAAGUACGGAGAGUACUUCCCCGGCACUGGAGACCUGAGGGAUAUUGGCGCAGGGAAAGGCAAGUACUAUGCUGUGAAUUACCCUCUGAGAGAUGGGAUAGACGACGAGUCUUACGAAGCCAUAUUCAAGCCUAUCAUGACUAAAGUGAUGGAGAUGUACCAGCCUAGUGCAGUGGUUCUUCAGUGUGGAGCCGACUCCCUCUCGGGAGACAGGCUUGGCUGCUUUAACCUCACCAUCAAAGGCCAUGCUAAGUGUGUGGAGUACAUGAAGAGCUUCAACCUGCCCCUGCUGAUGCUGGGUGGUGGAGGCUACACCAUCCGGAACGUGGCCCGCUGCUGGACCUAUGAGACAGCCGUGGCCCUAGACAGCUCCAUACCAAACGAGCUUCCAUACAAUGAUUACUUUGAGUACUUUGGGCCAGACUUCAAACUGCACAUCAGUCCCUCCAACAUGACCAACCAGAACACCAACGACUACCUGGAAAAGAUCAAGCAGCGUCUGUUUGAGAACCUUCGAAUGCUGCCCCACGCCCCGGGGGUCCAGAUGCAGGCCAUCCCAGAAGACGCCGUGCAGGAGGACAGUGGAGACGAGGAGGAGGAAGACCCUAACAAACGGAUAUCCAUUCGCGCCCAUGACAAGAGGAUAGCGUGUGACGAGGAGUUCUCAGACUCUGAGGACGAGGCUGAGGGUCAAGGGGGCGGACGGAGAAAUGCUGCCAGCUUCAAGAAAGCCAAGAGAACAAAGACUGAAGAAGACAAAGAAAAAGAGGGAGAAGAGAAGAAAGCAGGCGAUGACAAGAAAGCUGAUGACAAGAAAGAAGUAAAAGAAGAAAAGCUGCCAGAGGAGGAGAAAAUGGACACAACAAAGGGGCCAAAAGAGGAGUCCAAGACACCGUGAGGAGCUCCUAGCCAUCUUUUUUAAAGCAUCUGAAGGCUAAAUUCAUUAACUAUAUGGAUUAUUUCACUUUUGGGAAACCGGGCCCUGUUGAAUAGUCCUGUUUGCCAGACCAGUCACCUUUACUGGCUGCUGCAAGGGAAAAUCCCACCCCUCCAGAUUGAAAUGGGUUAAACAUGUAUUUUCUAGAACACUUAAUGUUGCAAUUUUUAUAAGUACUGCUGUUUUUGUAUGCUUUAAGCCCAUUUAGCUUUAUCCUAUCAAUACUGCUCCCCUUACCCAAACAAAAUGUUGUCUACAGUAUAUUAAAGGCCUGGCACAAAAUAUUAUGCAUUUUAUAAAUUUCAGAUUUAAUUUAAAUCAUAAAUAUGUUGACAUCU